UGGUAGAAAUCAAAUUCUUUUAUGUGACUGAUUCCCACUCCAUUAACCAAAACAGAGCAAAAAAGCACACAACACAAUACAACACAUCCUCCAAAUAUCAAUCUCUCUUCUCUUCAUCUCUUUCCAAUCUCUCUUCAAACUCUCCAUAUAUUCACACAUUUCACUCUCUCCCACUUCUUCUCCUUCUCUCUAUGAGAUUAAAUGAAAUAAAAGGAGAAGAAGAAACUAUGAGAAACAGCAUAAGAUGUUGCAUAUCUUGCAUUCUACCAUGUGGAGCACUUGAUGUGAUCCGUAUAGUACACUGCAACGGUCGAGUAGAAGAAAUCAGUGGCAGCAUCAAAGCAAGUGAAAUCAUGAAAACAUACCCAAAACAUGUUCUCAAGAAACCUUCUUCACCUUCAACACAAGAUGGCGGUGUUGUUCCUAAGAUCGUUGUUGUCCCUCCCGAUGCUGAUCUUCAACGCGGUAAGAUUUACUUCCUCAUGCCUCUCCCUACGCCGCCACCACCGGAUAAAAAUAAUCACCGUCAUAGCAAAAACUCGUCGGUAAGAAAGAAAAGAAAAGAACAAAACGAGAGAAUAUUAACAAACAACAGUAGAAGUAACGGUAACAGUAACAGUAACAACAACAUCGAGAACAGUGCUACGUUGGUUGUUUCUUCUGAUCAGUACUUGACUGAGAUUCUGUCUGAGAAGGUUUGUAGUCAGAGAGACAGAAGAAGAGGACGUGUUGCUGUGUGGAGACCUCAUUUGGAGAGUAUUUCUGAGUCACCAACAAAUCAUCUAUAACGGUUGAUCUUCUUCUUUGUUUCUUUGUUCUUUCUUCUUUAUCAAUAUCUUUGUUGUUUCAUCUUCAAAGUAUCUAUUAUCCAUUUUUAUUACUUGUCUUCUUUCUCUUUUUCUUAUUAUUUUCUUAGUAAAGAAGAAAAUAAACUUUGUUUCUGUCAAUUUUGUGUACAUAUGGUUAAAAUUUUAGUGCUAUGAUAAAAUGUUAUAUAUGGUUUUGAUUUUGUUAAGUUGAA